UUUCGUGCGUUGAACUGCUUGUUUUUACGUCACUCACAGAAAUUAUUUGUUAUUUUCACCAUGCAAAGCCACUUAAUAAGGUUGUUUCAAAGCAGUUUUAAAAUUACCAAUGUUUUUAUUAGAUUCUUGGCGGCAGGAGAGACGCUUCGAUUAUCAUCGUUCAAUUUUCUGACGGGUAGAUACACGGCCUGUGUCAUCGCUUGUGAAGUAUGCCAGGCAAUUAUGAAUGUACUUGGCCCCACAUACGUGGCACUUCCAUCGACACAGAAUGAAUGGUCAAAGGUUGCGAGAGAAUUUGAAGAGAAGUGGGAUAUGCCACACUGCGUGGGUGCCAUAGAUGGCAAACAUGUGUUUGUGGAGUGACCAGCAAACUCAGGAAUCCGAGACAAAAAUUACAAGGGCUCAUUCAGCAAGUCAUUGAUGGCAAUCAGUGAUGCAAACUACUGCUUUCUGUAUGUGGAGAUUGGUCAAAACGGAAGUAAGUCAGAUGGAGGCAUAUUCAGCCGAAGCAAGCUGCAACCCAUGGUGACCAAUGGCACUCUUGGAAUUCCACCAGACGCCUUUCUUGAUGGUCUUCAGCCUGUUCUCACUGGAAACACCACAGUUUCCACGGCCCAGUCCUCCUCUAUACAAAGCGGUGCAACCAGCCAAUUUGAGGAGCGCCACCAAGAAAGGAUAUUUUAUUAUAGGUUGAGCAGGGCUCGAAGAGUAGUCGAAAAUUCUUUUGGUAUACUCGCCCAGAAGUGGGGAAUUCUUCGUCGGCCAUUUAAAGCAAAAGAAGAGAACAUAACAAAAAUUGUGUCUGCCUGUGUGGCUUUGCACAACCUUCUUCUGAAGGAGUCGCCUGCAUCACGAAAUAUGUACUGUCCUCCAGGCACCACAGACAGUGAAGACUGGCGAGGCAACCGUACAGAUAGGAGCUGGAGAACUAAGGGUGUAGUUAACGGUGCACUGACUGCAUUAGCCGGCACAGGUGGGAACUCGGCAAGACACGCUCAUGCCAUUCGUGAUAAGCUGCGCCGGCAUUUCAUAAUACAGUGCCAUGGCAGGUGAAACAUGUGACAGACUGCAGAUGGUAACCAGUCAAGUAAGUUUACGCCUUCUUAACAUAUCUCUGUAGCAUGAACAGCAUCACGGCACAACAAUACUACACAACAAAGGUAAACAGCAUAAUACAAAUGAAGAGCUAUUUUCUAAUGUUGCCAUUUCACUGCCUUCAUCAUGAUUGGCUACCAGAUGAAAAAUCACUUCAAACUAUGUAUGUCUGUAUUAAAAUGUGCGAACAUAUCUACACAAAUAUAAGAGAAAACAAAUUAACUUUAAGAAACAGGCGACACCAUCCGAAUUAAUGUCAGCAAACAAAGUUUUAUUAUGAAAGCACAACUUGUGUGGAAACGGGGCAAAAUCAGGCUUUAUUUGCACUCCAAUUACUCCAAUUUUUUGCAAUCUUUAACCUCCUUCACUUUAUGGUAAACCAAAUUUUGCACCUCAUGCAUUGUGUCUAACUGGUCGUCUAAAGGCAGCGUGGGAAGCAUCCCAACUAUCGUGAGUCCAAAAUGGUACAGGACGUCUUUUUGUUGUUCUCGGCCUUCGCGUGCUGUUUUUAGAUGGUCAAAACAUGCCGCUGCCCCAUCCAAAGAUGUAGCUGCUUCAUUGAAAAUCCUGCAAAUGAGGAGAUGUGUGUUUUCAUAAUGUUCUGCACCGUAAUAAAUCACAACUUACGUCUUUCGGUUUUUUUACCCUCGACGACACUUCCUGGGCCUUGGUGCACUGUAAAAAACCUAAAUUAGUAAAGACAUCCUCUAUAAGUUGGAACACACCAUGUGCAGCGGCAACUACAAUGUUCUUGCCUUGUAUUUGCCUCCUCUCCUUCUGUUUCAAGGACAUCAGUCUCUUGUUGCCUGCAUGAUUAAUUUCCAAAAUAAUUAGCUGGGAGUGCCUUACAAACUUACAUACGAGGCAAUACUUAUUGCUCUACUUAUAAAUGUCAGCCAAUAUCUCAUAUGAAACCAUUAUUACGUUUCAGGACUGUCGGUGGUUUCUGCCUGACGACUGCUAAUGUCUGACGUGCUGCUGCCGCACCUCUCGAGGUCUUCUGUGUCGACUUCAAGAGUGUCGCUGUAUUUAUGUCGCUUCAACUUCACCCUGGCCCGUGCCUUCUUCCUUGUAACAUUCUGACCUGCAUCAAGAGAAAAUAAAUUCGUUUUUCAUAUUUACUCUAA